UCCCUUCCCUUUCCUUUGCGUCCACCAGCCGCGGGCAGCGGGAGCUCCGUGGGCUCCCUGUGGCUCGGCCCCAAACCCCGGGAUGGCAGCGGUGGCUUUUGGAUGUCGGGCACAGGUGGCAGAGACGGAGGGCAGGAUGGUUGUAGGGUCAGGAUCCUUUUGGGGCCGGAAUGAUUUCAGGGCCAGGAUGAUUUCAGUGUCAGGAUGAUUUCAGGAUCAGGAUCCUUUUGGGACCAGGAUGAUUUCAAGAUCAGGAUGAUUUCAGAAUCAGGAUGAUUUCAGGGCCAGGAUGAUUUCAGGGCCAGGACGAUUUUGGGAUCAGGAUGAUUUCAGGAUCAGGAUGAUUUCAGGAUCAGGAUGAUUUCAGGAUCCUGAUUCUUUCGGGACCAGGAUGAUUUCAGGGCCAGGACUAUUUCAGGACCAGGAUGAUUUCAGGGCCAGGAUGAUUUCAGGGCCAGGAUGAUUUCAGGAUCCUGAUUCUUUCGGGACCAGGAUGAUUUCAGGGCCAGGAUGAUUUCAGGGCCAGGAUGAUUUCAGGAUCAGAUUUCAGGACCAGGAGAUUUUGGGGUCACUCCCGGCCCACAACCCCGGUUCCCGUGACUCACAUCCUCCCACGGCCGGGCCCCGUUCCUCCCUCCCGUCCUGUCCCUGCUGGGGACGGGGACACCGCGGCGCCCGCGGGCCCUGCGUCAGCAGCGGCGCUGGGGAGGAAGCGGCGCCGAGCGCGAUGUCGGAGCUGGAGCGGCUGCGGCUCAGCGCCAUCCCCGAGGGCCGGCGGCUGCUGCGGGAGCAGCACGGGAACCUGCGGCGGGUGGCCGAGUACUGCCAGGACAACUACCUGCAGGCCAGCGACAAGAGGAAGGCGCUGGAGGAGACGAUGGCGCUGAGCACGCAGUCCCUGGCCAGUGUCGCCUACCAGGUCGGCAGCGUGGCCGGCGCCUUCCUGCGCCUGCUGGAGCUGCAGGCGGCUCAGCUGCGCCGGGUGGAGGCUGAUGUCACCUGCGUGGCACAGAGGGUGGCCAUCCACAAGGAGAAGGUGUCCCGCCGCGAGAUCGGGGCGCUGGCGGUGCCCAGGAGGGUCCCGAGCGGCCCCAAGGUGGCGGCGCCCCCGGAGCCCCCCGAGCUGGAGCCCCCCGGGCCGGAGCCCCCCAGGCCGGAGCCCCCCGGGCUGGAGCCCCCCGGGCCGGAGCCCCCCGGGCCGGAGCCCCCCGGGCCGGAGCCCCCCGAGCCGGAGCCCCCCAGGCCGGAGCCCCCCGGGCCGGAGCCCCCCGGGCUGGAGCCCCCCAGGCCGGAGCCCCCCGGGCCGGAGCCCCCCGAGCCGCAGCGCUACCGCCGGAAACCGCUCGACCUCAGCGCGCUGGACGGCGUCGGCCACGGGGUCAAGGACACCAGCACUCAGCUGUCCCGCACGGGGACCUUGGCUCGGAGAAGCACCAAAGGCUCCUCGGCCCAGCCCGGGGGGACACUGGGCAGGAGCAGCCGUGUCCCCGAGCCCGUGCAGCCGCCCGUGGUUCCCCAGGGGAAGCUCCCACUGGGGCCCCUCAGCUCCAGCAGCGCCGCGGCAGCUCCUGGGGACGGGAUUCCUGUCCCUCCACCCCCGCCAGGGCCACCCCUGCUGGCACUGUCCCCCCCGGGGCCACCACUGCUGGCACCGUCCCCCCCGGGGCCGCCCCCACCCGCCGCUGCCAUCCCACCCCCGCCGCCCCUCCCUGCUCACCUGGCCGCGCCCCCAGCGCCCCUCCCGCCGCCAGCUGUGCCUGAAUUUGGGGAUCUGACCCUUCCACCACCCCCAGCUGUGCCUGAAUUUGGGGACCUGACUCCACCACCCCCGGCCGUGCUGGAAUUUGGGGAUCUGACCCUUCCACCACCAGCCGAGCCUGAAUUUGGGGACCUGACCCUUCCACCACCUCUGGCUGUGCCUGAAUUUGGGGACCUGACCCUUCCACCACCCCUGGCUGUGCCUGAAUUUGGGGACCUGACCCCGCCACCCCCAGCCGUUCCACCACCCCCAGCCGCGGAUGAUCCCCCGUGGGCCCCUCAGAACUACCUGGAGAAAGUGGUGGCCCGUUACCCCUACGCGCGGCAGAAGGACACGGAGCUGUCGCUGGCGCCGGGCGCGCUGCUCUUCGUCACCCGCCGCUUCCCGGACGGCUGGUGCGAGGGGGUGAUGGAUUCGGGAACGGGGCCCCGCUCCGGAAUCUUCCCCGGGAAUUUCGUGGAGCCCGUCUGAGCCUGACCCGCUCCCCGCGCCGAGGCGUUUCCUUGGAAUUUCGGCUUUGGCAGCGCAGAAAUGCGCAGGAAUUUCGGCUUUUGGAGCUGAAAAUUUCAGCUUUUGGAGCCGGGAAUUUCGGCUUUUGGAGCUGGGAAUUUCGGCUUUUAGAGUCGGGAAUUUCGGCUCUUGGAGCCGGGAAUUCCGGCUUUUGGAGCUGAGAAUUUCAGCUUUUGGAGCCGGGAUUUUCAGCUUUUGGAGCUGGGAAUUUCGGCUAUUGGAGCCGGGAAUUUCAGCUUUAGGAGCCGGGAAUUCCGGCUUUUGGAGUCGGGAAUUUCAGCUCUUGGAACCGGGAAUUUCGGCUUUUGGAGCCGGGAAUUUCGGCUUUUGGAGCUGAAAAUUUCAGCUUUUGGAGCCGGGAAUUUCAGCUUUUGCAGCACUGGGAAUUUCAGCUUUUGGAGCUGGGAAUUUCAGCUUUUGGAGUCUGGAAUUCCGGCUUUUGAAACAGAGAAUUUCAGCUUUUGCAGCACUGGGAAUUUCAGCUUUUGGAGCACUGGGAAUUCCGGCUUUUGGAGUCGGGAAUUUCAGCUUUUGCCGGGAAUUCCGACUUUUACCCGCUCCAGGGAUGCUCCAGCCCCAAACCCUCACCCCAAAUCUUCCCCUGCUCAUGCCCUGCUGCUCCAACAUCCCCCAAAAUUCCAGCAGCCCGAGGAACAGAAACCCCGAAAUUCGGGGCUCGUCUUUCUGCAGCUCGGGGCUGUUUCCCAGCAAUACAGAAAUUUAUAAUACA